AUGAGCCAAGCCCGGGUUCGUCGUGGAGGCGAGGCCGGCGAGAUCGUCUCCUUCCAGAAGCCUUCUCCCGUAGGUGGGGCGUCCGAUGCCCGCCGGUACCAGGUCGAAGCUGCCCAGAGGUGGUGGCUACCGAUUGGCCGCGACGCCGACCGGGGCGGAAUCUGGUACGCCGGACAGUCGGCCCCCGCAUCCCGUUCCGGUCCCCCGACCGGUGCCCCGCCGAUGCCGACCAAGCGAGAUGCCGACCAAGCGAGCUCGGGGCAGCGCGGCAGCAUCGGUGCCGGCCCCCUCCCUCUCACCUGUGCCAGAUGA